GUAUCAACUGCUAAGUAUAAUUUAGUUACAUUCAUUCCGAAGAACUUGUUGGAGCAAUUUAGAAGAGUUGCCAACAUUUACUUUUUCAUAAUUGCUUUAUUGCAAUUAGCCACACCUUUUUCGCCUACUGGUAGAUAUAGUACAGCUCUUCCAUUGGUAAUGGUUAUCAUUAUUCAAAUGAUUAAGGAUGGCUAUGAAGAUGUAAAACGUCAUAUUUCGGAUAACGAAGUGAAUAAUAGAAAAAUAUCAAUAUUAAGAAAUGGGGAGGUUAUGGAAGUGUGUUGGAAAGAAGUUCAAGUUGGAGACAUUGUGAAAGUGAACCAAGAUGAAUCUUUCCCUGCGGAUUUAAUUGGUAUUUCUAGUAGUGAACAUCAGGGAAUUUGUUAUAUUGAAACUUCACAAUUGGAUGGUGAAACUAAUCUUAAAAUUAAGAGAUGUGUACAUCCAACUUCAGAACUAAUUGAUCCAAACGCCUUACUCAAACUCAAAGGUGUUAUAAAUUGUGAACAACCGAAUAACAAGCUUUAUAACUUUACAGGAAAUAUCAAGAUUGACCCUGAUCCAAAACCAAUAGCUCUAGAUGUUGAAAAUGUAUUACUUCGUGGUGCUAUCCUUAAGAAUACCAAAUAUAUUUAUGGUUUGGUUGUUUUUACUGGAAAACACUCAAAGCUCAUGAUGAACUCAAGAAAUCCUCCAACCAAACGAUCAAAAGUUGAAAAAAUUACUAAUCGUAUGAUUUUGAUUUUGUUCUUUGCCCAAGUAAUUUUGGCAUUAAUUUCUGCUACAGCAAUUACUGCAUGGGAAUCUAAUAAUAACCACCAAAACAACCAUUGGUAUUUCACUGAUUUCACUCCAUUAGCAUCUCAAUUCUUUGGAGGUUUUCUGACAUUCUUCAUUCUAUAUAACAAUUGUAUUCCAAUUUCGUUGUAUGUGACACUAGAAACUGUCAAGGUUAUUCAGGCUAGAGUUUUCCUUGAUAACGACAUACAAAUGUGUUACUAUGACAAACCAAAUGAUUUACACAUACCAGCUAUGGCUAAAACAUCAAGCUUGAAUGAGGAAUUGGGUCAAGUUGAGUAUAUUUUCAGUGACAAGACAGGAACAUUGACACAAAACGUUAUGGAAUUCUUAAAAUUUUCAGUUUGUGGAGUUGAAUAUGGUAGAGGUUCUACUGAAAUUGGUAGAGCAGCCGCUAAAAGAAGAGGAGAAAAAGUACUGGAAGAACAACCUAUUCCUAAUGAAGAUGGUUUCCAAUUUGCUGAUGAAAGAAUCAUGGAAAAUAAUUGGAAGAAAGAAAAAUGUUCAUCUACUAUUGAAGAAUUUUUGACUCUUCUUGCUGUAUGCCAUACUGUUAUACCUGAAGUUGAUAAGAAUAACCAUAUUGAAUACCAAGCAUCUAGUCCUGAUGAAGCUGCCCUUGUUAAGGCAGCUAAAUAUCUUGGUUUUGUUUUUACUGAAAGAUCCCCAAAACAAUGUACAAUCAAUGCCGCUGGUGUCUCCAGAACUUAUGACGUUUUGAAUAUUUUGGAAUUCAACUCAACAAGAAAGAGAAUGUCCGUCAUUGUUAGAACUCCCGAAAAUGAAAUCGUACUCUAUACCAAAGGUGCUGAUAACGUUGUCUUUGAAAGACUCCAACCAGGACAAGAACAUGUUGAAGAAACAAGAGCAUUAUUAGAAAAGCAUGCUGCUGAGGGUUUAAGAACUCUAGUUUGUGCUAAAGCUGUUUUGGAUCCUAUUGAAUACGAAAGAUGGAAUACGGAAGUUUAUGAACCAGCCGAAUUGGAUUUGAAAGAUAAGAAGCAAAAACUUGCUGAUGCUGCAGAAGUUAUUGAAAAGAAUUUGAUGCUUGUAGGAACAACUGCUAUUGAGGACAAGUUGCAAGACGAAGUUCCUGAUACUAUUGCGACCCUUGCUAAAGCAAAGGUUAAAAUUUGGGUUCUUACUGGUGACAAGCAAGAGACAGCUAUCAACAUUGGUUAUGCAUGUGCUUUGCUCGAUAAUGAUAUGAGUAUUAUGAUUAUUAAUGCUGAAAAUAGAUCAUCCCUUAAAACACAAAUAAGAAUGAAAUUGAAAAAUGCUAUGGAAGGCAAAGAGGGAAGUAAUCUUGGUCUUGUUGUUGAUGAUGAUGCUGAUGAUCCAAAUGAAGAACCUCUCAGAUAUACUUUCCUUAGAUUAUGUAUGCUUUGCAAGUCUGUAAUUUGUUGCAGAGUUUCUCCUCUUCAAAAAUCCUUAAUUGUCAAAUUAGUCAAAGACAAUUUACCUGGAGCUGUCACCCUUGCUAUUGGUGACGGUGCUAAUGAUGUUAGUAUGAUUCAAGCUGCACAUAUUGGUGUUGGUAUCAGUGGUAAGGAAGGUUUGCAAGCAGCUAGAGCAGCUGAUUAUGCUAUUGCCCAAUUUAAGUACUUGAAGAGACUUUUACUUAUCCAUGGACGUUUGAAUUAUAGAAGAAUUGGUAAGACAAUUGUGUACUCUUUCUACAAGAACUUGACAUUACAAUUGACACAAUUUUUCUUCAUUUUCUUCAAUGCAUUUACAGGUACUUCAUUGUAUGAAAACAUUUCGUUAUCUACAUUUAACUUGAUAUUUACAUCAGUUCCAGUUAUUGGAUUUGCUAUGUUUGAUAGAGAUGUUGACGAUGAAAAUUCUCUUCAAUAUCCAGAGUUGUACACUUAUGGUCAAAGAGAUCACUAUUUCAACAUUCCUGAAUUGCUGAUGUGGAUCUUGAAUGCUGUUUGGCAUUCUCUUUGCUGUUUCUUUAUUCCAAUCAUUUCUCUCGGAUUUAUGAACAGCGCUUUAUAUGAAGGUAAAAUGGUAUCUUUGGAAGAGCUUGGUAUUUUGAUCUAUACUUGCAUUAUCAUGUUAGUUAACAUUAAAUUAGCAGUAGAAACUUGUACAUGGAAUUUCUUCAACUCAAUCCUUUUAUGGGGAAGUGUUGCUGUUUGGUUUUUGUGGACCAUUCUUUACUCUGUAUUUUACUGGGUUGUUCCAGAUGCAGGCUUUUUCCCAUUCAACAGCUUAUUGGGAUUAGGAAGAAAAUAUUAUUUUAAUUUUUACAAUUCAUCAGGAAAUAUUCUCUUUUGGUUCACUCUUGCAUUGGUCUUAGUUGUGGCAUUAGGAAGAGAUAUUACUUGGAAGAGUGCUGUAAGAAUUUUACCAUGGACUAAACAAUUAUAUCACGUAAUUCAA